AUCGACGGGAAUUAGCAGACAAAAAUUGGAAAGAUGUAGCAUUGUAUUCAUGUGAUGAAUACUAAUAUUGCCGAUCAACAUGUUCCGAAGUAUCAAACGUGUUGUCUGUGGCAUGUCUGGUGGAGUUGACAGCGCAGUUUCAGCACUUCUUCUAAAGGAAAAAGGGUAUGAAGUAAUUGGACUUUUCAUGGUGAAUUGGGACAAGUUAAACCAACAUGGUGUAUGCCAAGCAGAUAAAGAUUUUGAGGAUGCCCAAUAUGUUUGUAACCAUCUAAACAUACCCUUACAUAAGGUCAACUUUGUCAAAGAAUAUUGGAAUGAAGUAUUCAGUCAAUUUUUGGCAGAUCACCAAUUUGGCUUUAGUGCAGUUCCCGACAUUUACUGUAAUCGCUACAUCAAGUUUGGCACAUUCUUUGAUGCAGCCAGGAAUGACUUUAAAGCUGAUGCUUUAGCCACUGGUCACUAUGCCAGGACAAGUAUACAGCAUGAUCUGGAGAAUGCAGACCUGUCCAAAGGUGUCCGGUUACUACGAGGGGUUGACCCAGUAAAGGAUCAGACAUUCUUUCUUUCUCAGAUUUCUCAGAAUGCACUAGAGAGAACUAUCUUCCCGGUAGGGGGUAUGAUGAAAUCAGAUGUGAAGAAGAUAGCAGUCAAAGCAGGAUUGGGAAGAAUAGCAAGAAAAAAAGAAAGUAUGGGUAUAUGUCACAUCGGAAAAACAAAUUUCCAGUCAUUCAUUGACAAUUACCUAGAGCCAGAUAAUGGAUUCUUUGUGGAUCUUGAAACAAAUGAGAGAAUAGGACAACAUGAUGGUAUCCACAAGUGGGUGAUAGGGCAGAGAACACGCCUUUCUGCAGACAUGAAAUCUUAUGUUGCAUCAAAAGAUCUGGUUACAAAUGACAUCAUGGUGGUAUUUGGCACCGAUCACCCAGCCUUGUUUAGUUAUUCAGCCAUUACACAGGUUCCGUAUUGGAUUCACAAACCACCUGCGGGACUUUAUGAGAACAAAUCAGUUGAUGUCUUGUUCAAGUUUCAGCAUGUGCAUCCUAUUUCAGAAUGUAAAAUAACAUUGAAUGCAGACAAGACUCUCACAUUAACAACAGCGGAACCCUUCCGAGCUUUCAGCCCAGGGCAAUUUUUCGUAUUCUACAUUGGAGAUGAGUGUAUAGGCAGUGCUCGGAUAGAAAAAUCUGGACCUUCCCUUUAUGAUCUUAAUCACCGAAGUCGAGUGAAAUUAAGAGAACCUUUUACAUGAUAGCUUUGGUGUGGGUGUAUUUUUAAUAAAUUGGUCAUUUAUUU